AUGGGAAAAGAUCUUCGGCAGACGCCACCGUCGGCCGACGCUCAAUCUUUGCCUGUGAUUGGGACGCCCGCAAAUGCAGCAAGCACCAGCGACCUUGUCAAACUACCUCAGCCACUCUCAGACGAAAGUAUCCUUGAUCUGCUCCAACAGCGCUUCAAGGAGGACAAGCAUCUGUCUUGGCUUGGGCCCAACUUUGUAGUGUCCGUGAAUCCGUUCAAGCAAACCGAGCUUCCCAACAGCAACUCCACCUUCAAUCUUGUGGCCGCCAGCGAGCGGGACGAGCCCAUCGGAGACUUUCGCGAACUUGCAUGUGCUGCAUAUUUUCAUCUCAUAUGCAGCGGAGAAAGCCAGGUGGUGAUCACCAGCGGCGAGUCUGGUUCCGGCAAAUCCGUCGCUGUGCAAAAAAUCAUUGCACACCUGGCCUAUCUUUCAGACCUGACCUUGACAACGUCUGUUUUCCAAGACAUCAAAGAUGCCGACGAAAUCAUUCAGGCAUUCACGCAUGCCUCCACUACCGCCAAUCGCAACUCCUCCCGCGUUGGCCGAUAUUCCGAAAUACAGUUCACCGAGUCUGGCAAUAUCGCCGGCAUGAAGUCGGUCAUCUACAUGCUUGAACAGCGCCGCUGCAGCAACAUCGGUGGCCCUGCUAUGGAAGACGAUCAGAACUUUCACAUCUUUUACCAGCUGGUUCUCGGGGCCAGUUCGCAAGAAAAGACCAAAUGGAAGAUUGGCGAUAUCCGCUCCUACAGCUUUCUGAAUCAUGGCAAGGGCCUCAGCCUGGAUCACAGAGAGCAGUCUUCCAGAUUCCAGGCACUACAAGCUCGCCUGCGCGGAUUCCGCAUAAACCGCAAAAUGCAGGAUAGCUUGUUCAAGGUUCUGUCGGCCAUUUUGCUGCUCGGCAAUCUGGAAUUCGGCCAGGAGCAGAAGGACGAGCACGCCUACGUCAAGAACAGACACGUCCUCGAUACAGUCGCCGAGUUUCUUGAGCUCGAGAGCCCUGCGCUAGAGAAUGCCAUUACCACCCAAUCUGUUUGGGUUGGUGAUACCAUGUGUGCAGACUAUUUGGAUCCGAACAAGGCCUCUGAUUCCCGAGACGACCUUGCCAGCAUCCUCUACUCUCUGGUAGUUUCGUGGAUUGUAAGCAAGCUGAACGAAACGCUUUCGGAUGAUGAGCCCCAGUCCAGCAUCGGGUUGAUUGACAUGCCCGGGCACGAAGACUUUUCGCCCAAGCCCAACUACUUUGAGCAGUACUGCAUCAACUACGCCAGUGAAAAGAUCCAUGCCUUUAUUUGGCAGCGCAGUGUGUACGCCAGCGAAUUGAGUUUCUCCCAGGAGGGCCUCCAGUAUCGCCCAAUCGAUCGCGCCGUCGACGACACUGCCCGGCUGGUCAUGUACGAAGAUCCCUACAACGGACUCUUUGCCCUCACUGACUCGUACGAAGGCCGCACCGGCGGCAAGGGCAGUGAGGGGACUCUCUUGGAGCUCUUCAUGGAGUUCAAUCAGGACAACCAGUACUAUGCUCCCUCUCCCGUGGGGUGGAGCUCCUUUGGAAUCAAACACUACUUUGGCAAGGUAACUUACGACCUGAAAGACUUUGUGCGCCGCAACAAAACAACCAUCAACGCCACUUAUGUGCAGCUCUUUGGAAUCGGCGAUCAAUCCGACUCGCGACCAGACUCGUUCGUUGCUGGGCUGUUUGGAGAGUCGAUCGUGCCUCUGAAACACCCCAAGAACAGAAGCGCCGUUGUUGGAGCUCGUCGGGUCGAUUCCAUCUACCGCCCAUCUGAGAGCCGCAGCAAGCGCCUCAGCAAGUUGAUCACAGGGCCACCAAGAAACAGCCUGGUAUUCAUAUCCAGUGCCUCGACCACUCCAACCACUGCUCAACCAAGCACACCCUCGGCGACAACUCCUGGCAGACGUACCACGCACAAGCAGACGCUCUUGGGCCGCGAAAAAGACGCUUACGAGUCAGUCGGCAGUUGUCUGCGCAAGUCGUUCGACGUGCUCCUCAGUUCACUGUCUGAAUUCAGGCCAUGGAGCGUUUUGUGUGUCAAGCCAUGUAACGAGCUCAUACCGGACCGAUUUUCGGAUGGCAAAGUGUUGGGCCAGAUAGCUGCACUCAAGUUGGCCCCUUUGGCGUCUUUCCUUUGCGUUGGAUAUAGCAUCGCCAUACCUACUGAGGAGUUCAAAGCUCGCUACGCUGCGCUCGUGUCUGGCAUCGAAGAGUCGGAUCCUAAAGCAGUCGCUGCAGCGAUUUGUGCUGCUCAAGGCUGGCCUAACGAUGCCUUCGCUCUCGGUGAAGGGCGAGUGUUCCUCCAGGAGAAAGCCUGGAAGUCUCUGGAGCUCAAAUGGGCCCGAAAGAAUCCAGAGGCUUGCCCCUGGAUCAACGAGGUUAGUCGGGCGACGCUUGCUCGACAGACCGAGAACCUGCACAAGAUCGCCUCCAAGAACGGCCUCUCCGACGAGCCGACUCCGCCUGACGCCAGCGACAUGGAGCUGGGAAGCACCAGCGCCGAGCCCGAGGGAAAGGUCAAAAAGAGACGAGGCAAGAAGAAAGUCUCGCCCGUUUCGGGCACAGAAAAGACGGCAAAGAAGCCGAAGAGGGAGCCCAAGCCUCGUGUUCCCAUGUCGAGGCAGCGGCGCUGUUGGGUCAACUGGACCUGGUGCGUCACCUGGUGGGUUCCGAGCGUGCUUCUCGACCGGUGCGGAGGAAUGAAGAGCGAAGAGAAGCAAAUGGCAUGGAGAGAAAAGUGCGCGCUGUGCUUCAUCAUUGCCCUCUUGAGCGGCAUGAUGUUGUUCUUUGUUCAAGGAUUCGGCAAGAUCCUCUGCCCGAGCCAAUCCAUCUUUAACCUGCAAGAAGUCGCCCAGCACACCGACAUAAACUCGGCGGCCGGGGCAUGGGCCACGUGGAAUGGGCAGAUCUACGACAUUACCAAGUUCAUCAACAACCACCCGACGCCCGGCUCGACCAUCAACCUUGGCGCGGGCAAGGACAUCAGUGCCUGGUUUCCCCGUGUCAGUUACUCAGCACCGACGGUUCUCGACUCGUCGUGCUGCGUUGGGAUGGCUGCUCAGAGCGAUGGCUGCCACACCGACCAGUAUCCCUGGUCCAGUCCAAGCGCAUCGCUCAUGAAGCGAAUGGACCAGGAGGGCGCCAUUGUUGGGAAUCAAGCAGCAUUCAGCCAAGACAGGGACCUGAUCAAUCUUACAGUGCGUCAGAGCAGCGCCCCGGCUUCGCCCUGUGGGAGCGACAUUGGCGUUUACUACAAAGGCCAGUCUCCUCAAGGAUACUGCCACCAGACAUGGGCUCUCCAACGCAGCAUCAUGCUGUAUCAGGAUAUCCCCGUGUACUAUGUUGGAACCCUUGGCUAUCCGCCGACCGAAGUUUACACCCACAACCAAGAUGGCGACAUUUGGAUCACUUACAAGGGCAGCUUCUACAACAUGACAAACAUACUUUCAAGGACAAGUACGCUCAAGCUCUUCCCACCCGAUCUCUGGACGGAAGUACGAGGAUACAUUGGUCGAGACGCCUCUGUGUUGUCCAAGGCCCUGGCUCCAUAUGAAAAGUGCAUGAACAUCAUGUUCUUCAACGGCAUUGUCGACGAUCGCAGCGGCAACAUUCGAUGCCAAAUCUCAGAGUACCUGCUCCUCUCCGUGACGGGCAUCAUGGUCUUUGUUGUGGUCAUCAAGUUCCUGGCGGCACUCCAACUCGGAUCCAAGAAAGAACCCGAAAACAACGAUCGGUUCGUAAUCAUGCAGGUGCCGUGCUAUACCGAGGGCGAGGCCUCGCUUCGCAAGACGAUCGAUUCGCUGUCUCUCCUGAACUACGAUGACACGCGCAAGCUGCUGUUUAUGAUCUGUGACGGCAUGGUCACCGGCGGCGGCAAUGACCUCCCGACACCGGACUUGGUGCUCAAGAUCCUCGGCGUCGAUCCUAACCUGCAAAAGCCAGAGGCGCAGAGCUACAUCGCUAUAAGCGAUGGAAGCAAACAGCACAACAAAGCCAAGGUGUACUCGGGCCUCUACCACAUCCAGGCUCGAAGCGUCCCCUUCAUUGUGGUCGUCAAGGUCGGCAACGAGACAGAAACGCUCAAGCCAGGAAACCGCGGCAAGAGGGACUCACAGAUCCUGAUGAUGAAGUUCCUCUCCCGCGUCCACUUCAAGACGCCCAUGACCCCGCUGGACUUGGAGAUUUACCAUCAUAUCAAGGACAUCAUCGGCGUGGACCCGUAUCUGUACGAGUAUUGUCUGAUGGUGGACGCAGAUACCGAGGUGCUUCCGGAUUCUCUCAAUCGCUUGAUUUCGUCGAUGGUGCACGACUCCAAGAUCAUGGGAAUCUGCGGCGAGACCAAGAUCGCCAACGAAAAGGCCUCCUGGGUGACGAUGAUGCAGGUCUACGAAUACUACAUCAGCCACCACAUGGCCAAGGCGUUCGAGUCGCUCUUUGGAAGCGUCACUUGUCUCCCGGGAUGCUUCUGCAUGUAUCGGAUCCGCACCGCCGAGAAGCGCACGCCGCUCCUGAUCAGCCCGGACAUCAUUUCAGAGUACGAAGACAACGUCGUCAAUACGCUGCACAAGCAGAAUCUCUUGUCGCUCGGAGAGGACCGGUAUCUGACAACGCUGAUGCUCAAGCACUUUCCUGAAUAUCGCAACAAGUUUAUAUCGGAUGCAAUCUGUCUCACGAUCGUGCCCGACAAAUUCGAGGUGCUGCUGAGCCAGCGGCGCAGAUGGAUCAACUCGACGAUUCACAACCUGUUUGAGCUGAUAUUCCUGCCGCAGCUGUGUGGAUGCCUGUGCUUUUCCAUGCGUCUGGUCGUCUUUCUGGAUCUCUUUGCGACGCUGGUUAUGCCGGCGUCGGUUGCCUAUCUCUUCUAUCUGAUCGCCGCCUCGAUCCAGCAGCAGCAAGCCCCGCUUAUCUCGAUCGUCAUGAUAUCGGUGGCAUACGGCCUGCAGGUCAUUAUCUUUAUCCUCAAGCGCGAGUUUGCCCACAUAGGAUGGAUCGUCAUCUCCAUCCUGGCCAUGCCCGCCUUUAGCUUCUACAUCCCGCUCUAUUCCUACUGGCACUUUGACGACUUUCGUUGGGGAAACACUCACAAGGUGGCCGGCCUCACCGGCAAGGACGAUCACAGUGGCGAUGGACAGCGCUUUGAUGCUUCCACCAUCCCGACCGUCACCUGGGAGGCCUUUGAACGACAACAGAGAGCUGCCAAGCCGGCCGCAGGUGGCGACACAUCGCCGUACAGCGCUGCCUCGUUCGGCCGCAUGGAGUAUGCGCCGUCAAUGGUCGAGAGCAGAUAUGCUGGCCCGUCGUAUCGGCCAGACGGGUCCUCCUAUGCAGGCUCUGGUGGGCAAGACCGCUAUGCUCCAUCCGUGCCCGAGUAUGCACCUUCGCUGCGAGCCUUCCCCAAACGAGAAUCCACGGCCUUCUUGGACGAGUAUGCAAGUGCUGGUGCUGCUGGCCCGCUGGACCUGCCCCCCUAUCCCGAGUGGACAAGGACAACGGCGCCGGAGGCAUCCGAUCUCGAGGGCUAUGUUGAGUAUCUCCUGGGCACCCACAGCCUUCGCGAGCUCACCAAGCGCAAGGUCCGCGAGAAGCUGAGCGAGCACUUUCAUCAAGACCUCAGCUCCCAGAAGGACUUGAUCAACUCCAUUCUCGAGGCCGCCCUGCAGAAAAGGGCCCUUGGAAGAGGCAUCUGAGACGACCGCCCGAGUUUGAUGUGAUGCUGCACUUUACCGAGUAUUUCCAAGAGCCCUGACACUCCUGAGCGGGGCACAUCAACGGCCGUCCACCGAUCUGCCAUCGCCAUAGUCAAUUUCCUGAUUUUGGCUCUGAAUACACGGGUAGAUCUCUACUGCUAUUCAUUGA